CACAUACUGUGUUACAGCACAGUCCUAGCUGGCAUGUAGCUUUGCCGUGCGAGUGCUCCUUUGGGGUGAUUGUGACAUCAGGUGGAGCCAUGUCAGAGGCAGUUGAUGUGAGGAAAAUGCAUUGGUACGGCCACUAUCGACACACGGUGUUCAACAUGGUGCAGAGUUGUUUCGAGGAUGAUGGUGCCUCAGGCGUUGUCCUCAUCGGUAUUCAACCAACCCUGGAGAAUGUUAUGACAUGUGCCGAAUGGCCAUGCAUUAUGCAAGAUUUGCAGGCAGCAUUCGAGGAGAAAAAGGCACCCUUCUACCAGAAGGGCCAACGAAAGCUGGACUUUACCAAGAUCAACUUCAAGCGAAUUUCGAUUCAAGACCUGGGUGAGGAGCUCGAAGUGAGCACACGACGAAGCAAGCAGGCAAUCAUAGCCUCAUGCGCGGAAGACCAUUUUGAAGCGGCGGUGGCCGCCAUGAGAGCACACAACACCUCCACACCGGACGGAUGCGGAAAGGUGCGAAGGGCGUGGGCUACAGCCGAGGAUGUUUACGGUGGCCGAAACCAUCCUCCAAAGGCGGCUGGAUAUGCCCCAGAGGCCGACGUGAUGGAACGGAUGCAACGCCCGGACGUCCCAAGAUGAUCUCGGCAAAGGGGCACAGGAACCAACAAGAGCUGCAAGCACGAUCAAAUAUGAGAAGACUGAGUGUUUGGGUAUAUAAUUGGAUGAUGUUGUUAACAUCAGGUUUGCAAGACCUGGAUUCAGUGCGCUCAGGUGAAAUGAAAGAAAAGGAGCAAGCGCUGAAGGAGGCGCAGGAGGCACUGCGUGCAGCCCAAGCAUCCGAGCCUGCUUCGCCUGCAGAGCGGCAGGCAGUGAAAUCGCUGGGUCUUGAAGAUUUGACAGCGAGUGCCGAUUCUUCCAUGUAUUCGUCAAGAGGCCGUGUAUUCGUCAAAAGGUUAGAGCAGUCGCUGCAUUGAUCCCAAGCCUAUGAGAGUUCCGUUGGCCACUGUAGAUGAGGCAGCUCUUCAGCAGAGGUGGGCAGAAGUUUCAAAACAUAUCGCCAACUGGCUAUAUGGGCUAUGUGGUUUCUGUGCUGAACAAGGUGAUGGCUUGUUGGGUGAUGAAGGGUGAUUUGAUGAUGUCUGGUGUGGUGAAGUGUGGUGAAGUGGGGUGAUCUAGCGAGGUGACAUGUCGACAGCUCCCGGCUCAUGGCCUGGGACUGGAAGUCACACAGUUGGUUCCACGAUGGCACAAGGUAAGGACCACUCUUUGCUCCUUACGUUCUUGUUCAGCCGUCAGCGUUACGCUGUGUGUCAUGGCCGUGACCGCACAUGGAACAGAGGGGUUUGCUACUACCAGCUCUGACGAUCCUCAUCGCAGAUGCCUGUUUCGUCCACCUCCCGCCUCUCAAGUUGGACAGGUAGGAUCCACCUCAGUUUUCUCCAGUGCUUCAAAGGUCCAGUGCUUCAAGUACAGAGUUCAACCUCAUCUAGUCCACCCUGAGUCAACAUGUUUGUCGAUGCUUCCUUGAGCGAGUUGUUCAGAUUCAAGUUGUUGGAUAU